AAUAUCCACGGAUUUGCAGGGCUCUAAUUAGGAAUAAUGAGAAUAAAAGUGUGUGUUGGAAAGUCAAGUUUUAAAAUGCUAGAAAGUUAGUAGCCACUCAGAAGUAGUGACUGUCUCAGCUGUGUUUCAGAUCCAAUCCAGAUGUUUUUGAAUCCCGCAUGGAGAAACGAAGUGAAGUGAAAAAGCAGCCAGUGGGGCAUUCCAAACAAAUGGACUUCAUCAGAUAUAUGGAAGAAAAGGCAGAAGCCUUGGGCUCGAAGGCAUCAAAGGAAGGAUUCACAAAAGAUAAGACCCUUGAUUCAGUACUGAAUGUUGAAAUGGUGAAGGAGAAAACACCAGAGGAAAUAAAACAGAUCUGGAAGCAGUAUUUUUCUGCAAGAGAUACAGUUUAUGCAGUUAUUCCCGCAGAGACGUUUGAUUUGAUGUGGAAGCGUGCCCAGACCUGUCCGUCGUUCCUAUGUGCUUUGCCAAGGAAAGAAGGCUACGAGUUUUUUGUGGGGCAGUGGUCAGGCUCAGAACUGCACUUCACUGCGCUGAUCAACAUUCAGACCCGAGGUGAAGCCGCCUCUAGCCAGUUGAUAUUGUACCAUUAUCCAGAACUCCAAGAAGAAAAGGGGAUAGUGCUAAUGACUGCCGAAAUGAAUUCCAAUUUCCUGAGUGUCCCUGAAGCUCAGUGCCUCGCCAAUCAGGCACAGCUUUUCUAUGCGACAGAUCGUCCAGAGACCUACAGAUUAGUGGAGACCUUCAACCACAGACCUAAUGAGUUUAAGUACAUGGCAGUUAUCACGGAGCUGGAGCAGAGUGGACUGGGAAGAGAAUUGAGACCUAAAUGGGACUCUGACAAAGCCUAGCAUCUGAUGGGCACCGCAUCUGGUCCAGAGACAACUGGAACUACUCACCGGAAAGGGUCCUUGGCACAGGAGUUUUUUUUUUUUUUAAAUCGGGGCAGGCACCAUUUUUUACAUGGCGGGGGCAGGGGUGAGGCCUGUUUGCUGCAAAGCUGCUCUGGACAAAAGAAAGGUUCAGGGAGUGAGAUUCACCCGGGCUGUCUUGUACAAGGAAAUGUGGCAGCCAAACUCGGGCCAAACGGGAAUGCUGCACCUUAGCACAACCUCAUCACAACAGCUUACUCUCUCUUUCGGCAACUUACGCCUGAGUUCUGUGUUUCUUUUGGCUAUGAUAAAUCAAAGGCGAGAAGGGAAGCCGCUUACCGGACGAUGUCAACCAUGGGAGAAAGACAACAAAGGACGUUUGUGUUCAGUAAAAGCUAGUUGGAAGUUGCCCUCCACUAUAACGGCAUGGGUCAAUGCUUUGUAUCUGGUCUGAAGAUUAUAAAUUCCCCUCUUCCAUCCAGCAGUGAAAAGAUAAUGCAGUUGAUGACCGGCUCUCCUUUGUUGAUGAACAUGUGAUGAUGCAUGCUUUGCUUUCUGUGUUAGUGCAGCUCAGGACAAAGCACACUCAGCUGACUUAGAUUUGGGAAUGUCCAGUGUUUUAAUGGAGGCAUGAACUUCAUUCAGGUGCCCGGCUGUUAGGCGCUCUGCUGAUGACAGGAUGUGAUUAAACAGCGUUUUCUUUUUGCAUAUGGGGCUUUUCAAAAUGAUCCAGCAGAUAAUUAACAUGUUUUAGAGAUCAUCAUCAUUAUUGUCAGAAGCCCCCUGCACAGCCAGCAUUGAAAAGAGGUAAAAUAUAACUCCCCAGUAUGGUUUGGGAAAGAUGUUGUGUGCAGCAUUCAAAAUAGUCCCGAAUAGAGAGCUUUGUAAUUCUGCUUCGGAUCCUCAUGGGAUAACACACAUGCACUGGAGGAAAUCUACACACUUGACAGAACAGCCAUUAAAAUGAGUGUGUCUUAACGAAC